UUAAAGUAAAAAGAACAUGGAGUUUACGUGAAAUUCAUAUGUUUAUCAAUGACGGGAAAUAUUCUAUGUCUUCCAUUGCACAGAAAUGUCGAAUUAAAAGAGAAAUGUGCAGAUUUACUCAACUCGGAGUGGCCUCGCAGCAAAACCGCAAGAAUUCGUAGCCUGUCAAAGGCUUCGGUUGCAGGCAAAUUACCAUGCUCCCUUGUCCUUGUGGAAAAUGAUCAAGCUAUUGGCCACAGUCGUAUCUGUACCACUCAAGGAAAAGAAACAGCAUGCUAUAUAGAGUCAGUUGUUAUCAGCAAGGAAAGACGGGGAGAAGGCCUAGGAAGGCUUUUAAUGGAGCAUACGGAGCAGUACGCAGCAACACUUGGAUUUACCGAAGCGUAUCUGUCUACGCAAGAUAAGCAAGACUUCUAUGGGCACAUAGGCUAUGAGUACACUAGUCCAAUUGUCAGCUUGGGCAGUCAUGCAGACCUUAUAAGUGGACAGCAGUUCCAACAGUUACGGGACUUGUUGGGUAGAGUCAGUGUUAGUUCCGACACAAACAGGGGCGGUGGUACUUUGGAAUUGAAUAACGUGCCCAAGUCGAAAACUGCAGCUGGACAAGCUAAAUCUGUGGCACUCCAAUGGCCUUCAAUGCAACCGAGCCAUGGAAUACCUGUGGCAAAUCCUCCUGUAUCAGGAGCACCUACCUAUCCAGGACCCCCACCACCACCACCACCACCAUCAUCACCACCAGCAAUGCCAGCAGUAGUGCCAUCUGCAAAUGAGAAGUUUUGGAUGAAGAAAGCUUUGAGUCAAACAUGUGUGCAAUAAUAUCUAGAUAACCAUUGAGUUUAUUCAUUAAGGAAGUGCAGUAUGUAACCUAAACCUUUUUGCAGGAAACCGAUAUUGGUUGCCAAGGCAACUUGUGAUAAGUGAAUGACCUCUAAUGUUGGUUGACAUAUCUUUGUGCCAAAUGCUUGCUAUGCUGUCGUGAAUGUCCAGAGUUUGUAACAAUACUUAAUUAUGAAAUAUCUCAAUUCAUUUGUCAUAAUAAUAACGUAUAGUAUUUAUUUUACACGUGCAUCAAAUUUGUUUCUGUUGCAUAAAAAAAGACAAAUUUGAAAUAUAAAAUCUUCAGCUGUUGAUCUAUUGUAUUUGAUAUUAUUACAAAU